CCCGAGAGCGCAAUUUAUGCUUCUUUCUGUCUAUCCUUAGAUACAGCUUCCCCAAACCUAAAAUGUUGAACAGCCAGCUCUACUUAAGCGCACUAAUCCUACUUGUCACCUAUCUAGUUAUUAGUCGCAUCGCUCGAACCUACAUUACACCGCUUCGAAGCGUACCGGGACCGUUUCUCGCGCGAUUCACGCGUCUCUGGGAGUUACGCGUAGUGCUCAAAGAAGAUUUCGCAACCUACAACAUAGCCCUCCAUAAGAAAUACGGACCUGUUGUCAGGCUUGCGCCGAACCGAUACAGCAUCAACGACGCGGAAGCUUCCAGGGUGGUCUUAGGCCAUCAAAAUGCUCUCAUUAAAUCAAACUACUACUUUCCUUUCGGCAGUCCAUUCGAGACCAACAUUUUCACAGAAACGAAUGUCCACCACCACGCCAAAAUGAGGCGCCCGAUCACUCAGCUGUAUUCGAAUAACAAUAUUCUCUCGUAUGAGCCGUUCGUAGACGAAUGCAAUCGUAUCCUGAUCAAGAGAUUGAUGGAAUACUCCGGCAACGGGAAAUCUCUCAAUGUGCGAGAGAUGAUGCAGUAUUAUGCAUUCGACGUAAUUGGAGAGAUUACCCUAGGUGCGAGGUUUGGAUUGAUGGAAGACGACGGCGACAAGGCAGGUAUCAUUGAUGCCAUCGACAAAGGGAACGUCUACGGCGCCAAAGUGGGCCUUAUCCCUGAGGUACACCGGUUCGUAGGCCUGGCGGUCAAGUAUCUGAAUAUGAAGUCGGACUUCCUGAAGGUCCUAGACUUCAUAUAUUUGAACGUUAACAAUCGUGUGUUGGGGCGGACUGAAUCUCCAAAAGAUCGCGAGGACUUCCUAGACAAACUGCUACCGCUCGAACAAGCUGGCAAAGCUACUCGAGCCGACACGAUAAACGCUUGCGGAAGCAAUAUUGGAGCUGGCUCGGAUACGACUGCCAUUUCACUUACCGCCGCUAUCGCCUAUCUCUCUAUGCAUCCAGAUGCACUCGCCAAGUUAAGGGAGGAACUCAACGAUGCUAUCACCAACGGCACAGCAUCCGACCUAAUCACUUUCAAAGAGUCCCAAAAGCUACCGUAUCUUCACGCAGUAGUUCAGGAAACCCUUCGCAUGCACUCUGCGGUUGGUGCGCCCCUGGCCCGUGUUGUCGGCAAAGGCGGUUUGAAUCUUGCUGGCCGUUACUUUCCUGCUGGUACUGAAGUCGGCGUCAACCCAUGGGUUAUACAUUACAACAAAGAGAUCUUUGGUCUAGAUGCUUCUGAGUUCAAGCCAGAGCGAUGGUUAGUGGCGGACGCCGAAAAGCGAUCAGUCAUGGAACGGAACUUCCUUCCCUUCGGUGCUGGAUCAAGGACAUGUCUCGGGAAGAACAUUAGCUUGUUGGAGAUGUACAAAGUUAUCCCGCAGAUUGUGCGGAAGUUUGACUUCCAGAUUGUGGCGGAUAGCCAGCAUGGAGAUGGGUACACGUGGAAGACAUUGUGGUUCACAAAGCAGACACUUCACUGUAUUAUCAAAGAAAGAGGUUAAUGUAGAAGAUGGGUCACUGGCUGAAUCAUAUAAUUAUGACUUUGCCUUCCAACGUAUCGCCCGAAAUUCAACCACCCUAUCCCAGGGCCCUAAUGACAUUCAGCCCUAUCCCAGGGCGCUAAAUCCAGUGUUAUAAGACUGGAAUACUUUGUUAGUAAUGUAAGCUACGCGUACCGGGCGUAUAUCUGAGAUUUGGGGGUAGACUGGAUUAUGCGGCGCAUACUUACGCUAGCAGAUUGUGAUCUACUUACCUAAAGGUUUAAAAUGUACGCUAAUUAUAUACUUAUUUAAAAGAAGCUGAGUAAUAACGUUGGCGUUAUGCUUCUAUAUCUGCUGCUUAAUUAAUAGAAGAUGUGC